CUCCAGUGCACACAGCCAUAUGCAAGCCUUCUUCCAGCAGACCCUCUCCUUUAAUGGAUCAACCUUUGAAGUUCAACUUUGAAAAUUUUUUUAAGAAUUUCAAGAAGGAAAGUAAAAUCCUCUCUGAGGAAACUAUCGCAUUGAUUGAAUCCCAUCUGAAGAAUGAGAAUCUUCAGGGGGCACUGUCUACAAUUACUCAUGCUCUGAGAAAUAUUGACAAAGCCCCACUGAACAUUGCUGUGACUGGAGAAACAGGAACAGGGAAAUCCAGCUUUAUCAAUGCCCUGAGGGGAGUGAGGGAUGAAGAAGAAGGUGCAGCCAAGACUGGAGUGGUAGAGACAACUACGGAGAGAACUCCAUACCCACACACAAAGGUUCCCAAUGUAACAAUAUGGGACCUCCCUGGCAUUGAGUCCACAACAUUUACACCACAAAACUACCUAAUGGAAAUGAAGUUUGAUGAGUAUGACUUCUUCAUUAUCAUCUCUGCUACACGAUUCAAAAAAAUUGAAGCACAUCUGGCCAAAGCCAUUGAGAAGAUGAACACAAAGUUCUACUUUGUCCGAACCAAGAUAGAUCAAGAUAUCAGUAAUGAGCAGAGGAGUAAACCUAAGUCUUUCAAUAGAGUUGAUGUCUUAAACAGAAUUAGAAAUGACUGUUCAAAUAACCUUCAGGAAGUUCUCUCCAGUCAGCCUCCAGUCUUCUUAGUCUCUAACUUUGAUGUGUCUAACUUUGACUUCCCAAAUCUGGAGACCACCCUACUCAGUGAGCUCCCAGCCCACAAGCGCCACAUCUUCAUGAUGUCCUUGCACAGUGUUACUGAGUCUGCCAUUAAUCGGAAGAGAGAUUCCCUCAGGCAGAAGAUCUGGCUGGAGGCCCAGGAGGUGGAAGUUUGGGCCACCAUUCCACCUAGGGAUUUCAACAAAGUUAAAAUGCAAAAGUUGGAGGAGACAUUGAAUCACUACAGGUCAUACUUUGGGCUGGAUGAAGCCUCACUGGAAAAUAUUGCCAAGGAUUUCAAUGUGUCUGUGAAUGAAAUCAAAGCACAUCUUAAGUCUCUCCAUUUGUUAACAAAGAACAAAGGUAUGGCCUUCAAAGAAAAAGAGUUGGAAUAUAUUGAAUAUAUUCCCUGUGUUACUUUUGGACCACUUGACUUAGGCCUUUACUUUGAAACGACUUACAAGCAGAAGAUUCUCUUCAUUGAUAAUUUAGCAAGUGAUGCCACGUCUCUCCUUAAUAGGGAAGAGUUUUUAUCAGAGAAACCAGGAUCGUGCAUGUCUGACAUCCCUGAAUACUGAGAAACAGGGAUGGAGCUGUGAGGUACUAACCCUUGGCCUGGCUUCAGGCACUGAUUUAAAUCUUACUUUUAAGCAGCAAACAUUUUCUGGGAAAGACCAGAGGAUUCAUUUCUUUCAGAGACAGAAUAUCACUGUGGCAAGUGGAAAAAGAAUCAUCCACAUUAUAAGAACUGUCUUCCCUUAAAGUG